UAACAACUGAAGGAUAUUCCUGUUUCGGUAUCCCUGCUAAAAGGGGACUCAUUAUUGGAAUGUGGAAUCCUGCUUCGCUGGUCACCAUCACAGAUAUACCCGGAUAUCAAACAGAAUAUUAUGAUAAUGGCACAAUAUAUUUGAAACCUCCAAAUAUUCAAGUUUAUAGUAUUACGUCUGAUGAAAAAAAUAAAGUAGUUUUUUUUGCUAUUCACCAUUAUAUUUUUGCGUUACAAAACUUUACUAUUCCGCCAAAAAAAUCAACAUCUCUUGAAUCAAUUACAGUUGCUUACAAAGGAAAAUCUGCAGCUCUUGGACAAAUUGCCUUUGACUUUGUUUCCAAUAAUCUGUACUGGUGUGACUCGCUUUUAAAAUGGAUAGGCAUGAAACCAGCAUACGACCAUAAUAAUACUACAUAUAAAAUUGUCGUUCAAGAUGAUUUAUUUCAGCCGGUAGGAUUGACACUAGAUCCCGAAGAUGGUCUGAUGUUCUUCUCUGACAAUGGUGUGAAUCCACGCAUUGAAAAGGCCUCCAUGGAUGGAAGUGAUAGGACAGUGAUAGUGCACAUCGGUCUGCUACGAGUCCUAUCGCUUACUGUUGACACUGUCAAUAAUUUACUCUUUUGGGCGGACGUUAACAGACACACUCUUGAGGUCAGCAAUUAUGACGGAUCAAGUCGAAGAGUUGUAAGACGACAGAGUCAAGUCUUGUUGAAUAGUGUCGUUUUUCAUCGGAAUAUACUACAUGUUGUUAGCUCGAGCGCUAGGUUGAUAGCUGGAUAUGAUGCUACAGCUGGGUCUUUAAUGUACGGUGUAAACACAUCAGCAGAACCGUUUGUUGUUCAUGUUUAUGAUGCAAAAAUAUUUCAAUCACAUGCCGACUCUUGUGCUUCAAGACGUUGUCAACAUAUAUGUGUAAACAGUCCUUCAGGAAGCAAAUGUCUUUGUGCUGAGGGUUAUAGGUUAUCCUCAGACGGUUCCACAUGCAGAGAGCACUCUUCGCUCUAUGAGAAAGGAUUUAUUGUUAGCAACGCCACAAUAUUUUCCAUGUAUGAAGUGAAUAUCGUCAAUGGAAUACAAUCCACGGUUACUGGCAUUCGAAUCUCAUCAGCUAAUAUCACAACGUUUGCUGUUGACACUAACUCUCAUCUUAUUUACUUUGUGGACAGCCGUAGUAAAAGAUUAAAAAAAACAGACAUUAUAACAAGAAAGUUUAGAACUGUAGCUCAUAUUGGAAGUGCUACAGACCUACACUUUGACUGGGUUGCGAAUCUACUGAUAUGGAUUGAUCCAACAGGGUCGAGCAUACAAACUUACUCUAUCAAUUCUGGUUCGACUACAGUAAUCUAUAGGGGACUUCAACAACCAGCUUCAUUAACAGUGGACGCAUAUAAUGGUUAUCUUUUUUGGCUGUCGGGACAAUUACGUAAAUCAAUAAUGCGGGGAAACUUGCGCAGAACUUUGCCAGAAGCUAUCGUGUCUUCUCCAAACUUAGACAGUCCAACGUCUCUCUAUUAUGAUAUCACAAGCAACAGAAUAUAUUGGCUUGAUAGAUCGAUUAUUAAAAGCUGUUUGACCAAUGGAUCCAACAUUAAAAGUCAUACUGUUACGUUAGGUGCAACGCAAAUAUUUGUAUACAAGGAUUUCUUUGGUUGGAUGGACAAGAACAGGAUAUAUUUUGCAAGGAAGUCAGCAAUUUCCUCAGAGAUUGUUUUUGAUUUAAUACAAAGUCCUAAAGAAGUUGUCAUAUAUGAUUCUUCUUUACAGCGGGAUAAAAGUGGUGUUUGCAACGAUCUGAAUGGUGGUUGUGAAGAUAUUUGUGUGCCGAUACAAAGUGGACGAAAAUGUGAAUGUGAUUUCGGCCUGCAACUCCAGACAGAUAUGAAAACUUGUGAUGCCAGUGUUUAUACGAAGAAUUUCUUGAUUGUGGUUGAUAACUCCCAUGGAAGGAUCCUUCAGAUUGACAUUAACACGGGAAAUUUAGUUAAAUUACCGAUCAGUGUACAGAGUUCUUCAGGAAUAGCAUUCGAUAGGUCGACAAAGGAACUCAUCUACUCCGAUGGCUCAUCGAAAACUAUAAUGUCCACUACGCUUCAUGGAAAGAAUACAACGUUGGUCUACUUAACAGGAUUCGCCCAUGCUGAGCGUUUGACCAUUGACUAUUCAACGGGAAACAUAUAUUUUUCUGCAGUAGCCUCUAUAUCAAGUCAAAGUUAUAUUGGAGUUGUGCAUAGAAAGAGUUUUCUUCAUAAAACUUUGUUGUCCAACUUGCACAGACCAAAAGAUAUCGUUCUAUAUCCAUCAAAAGGAUUUUUAUACUGGACAGAAACCGGAAGUACAAGAGAAAUAGGUAGAUCGUACAUGGAUGGAACAUCACAAACCUACAUAGCAACAACAGAAAUUGGAGCCCCAACUGGUCUUGCAAUCGAUUUUACAUCCAAUAGACUUUACUGGACUGAUGGACCUAAAGAUCGUAUUGAGUACUCUGACUUAAAUGGAGGAAACAGACAUGUUUUGACAACAGAUAAAGACGCAUUUCCCAUUGGAAUUGUUGUUCAUGGACAAUAUCUCUAUUACACAGCGUCGAAUAGACAAGGCGUAACAAAGAUAAACAAGGCAACGGGUUCAAAAAUAACAUUCAUGUCAAGUCAUCCAGAGCUAGGUAGACUGGAUAGUCUGGAUGUGUAUACAGAUGAUUCUGUUGAUAUGAGUUUCAGUUGUUCUACAAAUAACGGUAACUGUAGUACGUUCUGCUUUCCAACACCGAAUGGAAGAACGUGUGGUUGUGAGGACGAUGUUGAUCUAAAAUCAGAUCAAACAACGUGUCAAGGAGGAAACACAUCCUCACAACGCAAUAGCGAAGACGAUUUUGAAAUAUACAAUAUGUAUGUCUACAUUGGAUCAUCAAUUGCAGCCAUCGCUGGAAUAAUUUUCGCUGUAGCUCUUACAAUAGCGUGUUUCCUCAAAAGAAAAAAUACAUCUCGCGAUUCGUACCAGACAUCACCGGUGCACGCGGAACACAAUUACUCGAUAAUCAGAAGUCGUGGACAUUUGACUGGAAGUAAUAGAGAAGAGGGGCAAGAACCUGCUGAAUACAUUACCAUUGAUGACCAGUUCAUUACAGAAUAUGUGGAACCAAUGAAAGACAUGUAUCUGAACCCUGUGUAUAGCUACUAAACUGUGCUACUCAUCUGCAGCAAAAA